AUGAGCGAGGCGCGGCUGCGGGCCGGGCGCGGCCCCGGCGGGGCGCGGGACCCCCAGGAUAAGGAGUCAGAGUCUGAGAACAAGCUGGAUGGAGAGACAGCAUCAGACAGCGAAAGCAAAUCUGAGUUUGGGGGUUCAUCCCCAGUGCCGACCUCGGAUGACACCCCAGAAGUGCUGAACAGGGCCCUCUCCAACCUGUCCUCGAGAUGGAAGAAUUGGUGGGUGAGAGGCAUCCUCACGCUGGCAAUGAUCACCUUCUUCUUCAUCAUCAUCUACCUGGGCCCCAUGGUCUUGAUGACAAUAGUGAUGUGUGUCCAGAUCAAAUGUUUCCACGAGAUCAUCACCAUUGGCUAUAACGUGUACCACUCCUAUGACCUGCCCUGGUUCAGAACGCUCAGCUGGUACUUCCUGCUGUGUGUGAACUAUUUCUUCUAUGGCGAGACAGUGACAGAUUAUUUCUUCACCCUGGUGCAGAGGGAGGAGCCCCUGAGGAUCCUCAGCAAAUACCAUCGCUUCAUUUCCUUCGCCCUCUACCUGACAGGUUUCUGCAUGUUUGUCUUGAGUCUCGUGAAGAAACACUAUCGCCUCCAGUUCUAUAUGUUUGGCUGGACCCACGUGACGUUGCUGAUUGUUGUUACCCAGUCCCACCUCAUCAUCCACAACCUGUUUGAAGGAAUGAUCUGGUUCAUUGUCCCCAUCUCCUGUGUGAUCUGCAAUGACAUCAUGGCUUACAUGUUCGGGUUCUUCUUUGGCCGCACGCCACUCAUCAAGCUCUCCCCAAAGAAGACCUGGGAGGGUUUUAUUGGAGGAUUUUUUUCCACCGUUCUGUUUGGAUUGCUGCUGUCCUACGUGAUGUCUGGGUACCGCUGCUUCACCUGCCCUGUGGAGUUCAACAACGACACCAACAGCUUCACUGUGGACUGUGAGCCCUCAGAGCUGUUCCAGCUGCAGGAGUACAACAUCCCCGUGGUGCUGCAGUCUGUGGUGGGCUGGAAGACUGUGCGGAUGUACCCCUUCCAAAUCCACAGCAUUGCCCUCUCCACCUUCGCCUCCCUCAUUGGGCCCUUCGGGGGCUUCUUUGCCAGCGGCUUUAAGAGGGCCUUCAAAAUCAAGGACUUUGCCAACACCAUCCCAGGGCACGGGGGGAUCAUGGAUCGCUUCGACUGCCAGUACCUGAUGGCCACCUUUGUCAAUGUGUACAUUGCCAGCUUCAUCAGAGGCCCCAACCCAAGCAAACUGAUCCAGCAGUUCCUGACCCUGAGGCCAGACCAGCAGCUCCACAUCUUCAACACGCUCAAAGCACACCUGGUGGACAGGGGAAUUCUGGCGAGCCUGGAGGAUGCAUAAGACAGGAGGUGGUUGGAACAGGACUGAGAACAGACAGGCCUCCUCCAGGGAAUUCCUGGCUUGCCCGAUUUAAGACAAUAACAUGGCCUCAUUUCACUGUAACUUUUCUUCCUUUCUUGGUAAAUGUUUGCAUUUGUGGUUUAUUUUUUUAAAUAAUAUAUUUAUGGAGCUUUGGCUCAAAUAAGCAAAUCUUGGGUUUGUAGCUGAGAAGGAGUUAAGGCUUGGAAGGGUUGAGUGGAGUAGGAGGGUGUGGCUAUUCUGGUGGACUGUUCUGGACCCGUGGGGAGUGUGGGCAGAGCUGAGCUUUCCCUGAGAGUGGGUUUGGCAGGGCAUGCAGAGCCUGGCAGGGGAGGGGGGCUGAGCUGUCCCCUGGCUCUGGGAGCAUUCUCCUCUCCAGGGGCAGCUGGGGGUGCAGUGGGAAUUGUCCCAGCAGUUCCUGCUUGUGGGAAUCCCCUUGCACAAGGAAGAUCUUGUACUAACCCAGCCCCAUUUCCUCUGCCCAGCCCUGUACCUGCAGCUGCUCUCACCUGCUGCUUAAGCAGUGCUUCUCACAUUCCCUCCCUCCCUGAUUUGGCAAAUCAGAUUUUUGUAACCAAUCAAACCAGAAACACACUGGGGAUGAGGAGUCAAGGAAGUGGCAGUUGUGUGUGGGAAUGUGGGAGGUUCAGAUUCCUCCAAAACUGGUGCAAGUAAAUAAGUUUUAAAGAACAUUGAAGUUUAAUUGAACAAUUCCUGCCAAGUGAGAACAAACUUUUAAAUCACUUGGUUUGUUUUCGCCCAUUAAAUAACCUUUAAAAACCACACUUCUUCAUUUCUCCAAGGUUGGAAACCCCACACUGGGAUAUUUGAAGUAACCUGGGGAGCAGUUUCUAGCCAGUUUUGUUGCUGGGUGGGCUCCAGCUGUAGCUGGGGGUUUUGUUUUCUUUCAGGAAUCAUGUCUGUUCCUUACUUGAGUUGUAGAAGUCAUGCUGCUGAGUUUACCACAGUCUGUGUUGCAUUUCAGUCUGGCUUCAUUUCUCUGCAGACUUCUGUCCUGCUUUUCUCACUGAAUCUUGUCAGAAAUAGUUCGUACUUUAUAGCUGCAAGUUUUAUUGAAGUCCUUUCCUUUAUUUUGUCAUACUUUUUUAUUAUUUAAAAGCAAGAGCCCUAAAGAUUGAAAAACUUUCCUUAUUUUUUUUUUGUGGUCAGAUAGUGAAAAUAUCCCCAUUUACACCUCAUGCAAUGUUCCCAAACAUGAGGUGAAUCUAAUUUUCCUUCUUUCCGUAGUUUGUGCACGGGAGAGAGAAACUUUACCUUAUUUUAACCUGGGGAAUGAGUAACAGGGAGAGCUCAUACAGAAGUACACUGGUGUUUUCAAGCAGUUGCUGCCACAAGCCUUUAGCCACAGACCCCCCACGUUAGCUCUGCACCUGCUGCAUGCUGGCUUGGCAUCAACAGACAAUAAACCACCUGAAAAUGCCCCAAAUUCAGAGCUUUUACUGCAUAUUCUGAUUAUGCCACUGCUUCCAUGUACCCUGAGUGUGUGUAAAUACACAGCACAGGUCCCAAACUCUCUCCUUCAUUUCUGUAGGACUGUGGUGGGCUCUGCUCUGCCUCCCUGAGCAGGAGCUGAGGUUUGUGCUCCAAAUGCAGGUGUUUGAUGGAAAACACAGGCUGCAGACAAGGCUCUGUUCUUACAAAGUAUUCUCAAAUGGUGCUGGCAACGUUCUGCACUGAGUCAGUUCAGGACUGGGUUUGGUGUUCAUACAGAUUUUUCCUGGUUCUGGAAACUGUUCCUUUCCAGCUUGAAUUAGGGAGGGUUUUUUUUUUUUUUUUUUCUGUCGAUGGAACAAAGUUUGGUCCAAGCCCCUGACACAAAAACUCUCGGGGAGAAUUGAGAUGCUUCCAUCUGGCAUUGCCCAGGGACAACAUUUGGGUUGUGUUUAAUGAGGGCUUGCUUGAGUUCAGGGAGGCACAGUGGGGCCCCUGCCACAAGCACCCAUGGGAGCAGGGUGGAAGUGCUUUGCCCUGGGGGCUAUACCAGCUGGUUCUGUUCUGAAUUCUCCCUGCCCAUUGCCAAAAUCCUUUCUUGUGGCAGUUGGGCCACAGGCAGAAGUGACAAUGUUGAUAAAUAUUACAAAGGUGUGCUCUGUUCAUAGCGAGAAAUUUCUUUGGUGGGUCUGUAGUCUCCUGCUUUAAACCUUCUGUUCCUCUUCUGUUGUCAUCAGUAGGGCAAAGCUUUGCUGCAGGCUCUGGUUUGGGGCAGGUCUGGGCCUUUCCCGAGGAUGUCAAUGCUGGAUGUGGGCACUGGAGGGCAAAGCAGUUCCACGGAGUAGCUGCAGGAGAAGCAGCAGCAGCUCUGCCUGUGGGUGGCUUCCCUGGUCAGAAAUUCCCAGACAAGGCCCUGAUCAGCUUUAUUCCUGCUUCCUCCCUUCCAAACCUGGGCCUGCUUCUCACAGGGAAAGCUGCCUGGGACGGGUUUCCUGCAUGGAAAAAAACCCCCUUAAAAUUCAUUAAAGUGAGUGGGAACAGGGGUGCAGGGAGGAGGAAGGGAGGGAGGUGGAGGUGGUCGAGAUUGUUUGCAAGUUGUGCACCUGCACUCAUGGGAUCAGGAGUUGGAUCCUGGGUUUGGGUUGGAGGGGGCCUUAAGGUCUUGUUCCACCUCCUCUCCCAUGGGCAGGGAAUGUCUCCUCCAAGUCUGAUCCUGAGCACUACCAGGGACAGGGAGGUUGUGACUCCCUGGGCAAAGAUGAAAAGCUGCUGUUCCUGCCUUUGGCUAUUUCUGGGGGUGGAGCUGAUGUGCAGUAGUAACACAUGUGGCCCUGCAGGGCCCUGGUGAUGCUGCAGCUCUUGAGGAUUGUGGAGGGGCCAGAGUGACCCCAGGGAUGCAGGGAAGUUCUGCAGCUGCAGGGCUCAAGCUCAGCAUGGCACAAGAAAAAUGGUUCCCAGUGGGCUCCUACAGCAGGGAAGCUCCAAAGGGAAGGGGAGGUGGUGCCAGCUGGGAUUGGUGUGUGACAGGAGGGAUUUGUCUGGUGUGAAGGUCACAGGCUGGUGUGGGAGCCACCUCUGCACCAGGGUCACUGGCCAGGCAGCCAGGAAGGUGGGAUAUCCAUGGGGAUGGCCCUGGGCAGCUGCUGGGGUGUGCUGGGCAGGACACUGGACAUCCCCAGCGUUUGUUUUUUAGGGGCUGCUUAGGUUUGGACAUGGGUUUGACCCAAAGCUGAGCUGCACCUGUGGACACCUGUGUUGGGAAUUUGCUUUUCUCUGCCUGCUUCGAGCCCAGGUGAGAGGCAGGAGGGGAAGCACCAGACCUGGUUUCUGCAGCCAUGCUGUGGGAUCAGCCUGGUUAAACAGAAUUCCCAGGGUUAAACCCACAUUCCCUGGGCUCAGCAGUGCCCCUGAGCUGAGGGGCAGCUCUCAUGUGGUUUGUGGAGCUGGGAUCCUGCAGCAAAAGCCCCCAAAACCUGGCUGUGGAAUCCCAGUGUCACAUUCCAAGGAAUGUCACAUUCCAGGGAAUGUCCCCUGUGUGCAGGGAGCCCCUCAAGUUUGGCUGUGGGGGGGUCUUGCCUUCUCUCCCUUCCCCCUCAGUGGGGUGGGAGCAGGGCAGGGCUGUGUGGGCCCAUCCAGCCCCUCCUGGGGACAGCUCAGUCCCAAAAGCAGCACAUGGAAGUCCCAAGGUGGCAGCUCUGUGCUCCUGUGCGAUCCCUGUUCUCACCAUAGGCUUCUUUCUCUGUGCAUUGUUAUUUUGAUUCCAGUUUUAGCUACACAACGUAGAGUUGCCUCUCUUUGAAUGUUCAAAUGUGAAAUAUUGUAUAUUUUAAAGUAU